UUACCACAUAUAUAUAGUAUAUACGUAUAACCACAGAAUAAUUAUAACUGUGUUUUUUACUGAUUACCACGAUUUUAGAUAAGAUUAUCAUUUAUCCAUAAUCGUACUGCUUGCAAAUAAAGUUAUUGUCCACCACUCCUAGGGCAUAGACAUUAGACAAUAGACCAAUAGACUAUACUAUAUACUAUAGUAGGUAAUAAUGUUUAUAGUUCGCAAUAUUGUAUGACUAAUGAGCAUGACUAUAAAUUACGUAUAGACGAAAAAUAGAAAGGAAAAAUUGAAAUUAUUGGCAAGUAUAAAAAAGAAAAUUCAUUAUAUAUUUAUAUUACAUAUUUGCGUUACAUUAUAAUACCACUUGCGCUUAAAUUAGUAAUUUUUUAAAAGAAAACUUUGUCAAGUAAUUAUUAUAUCAGUGGUCGAAUCAAUAUCAAUUUUAAUGAAUAUGUCUCCUCUCAAAAGAGAAUACUUGCCGCCCCCACUGUCACCAAGUCCUGUUUUGGAUAUAAGCGAUGAUGAGUUGGUUACAAUAUCUGUACGUGAUUUAAACCGUCAACUGAAGAUGCGUGGAUUGACUAGAGAUCAGAUAGUACGCAUGAAACAGCGCAGACGAACAUUGAAAAAUCGGGGAUAUGCUGCUAGUUGCCGCAUCAAGAGAAUCGAACAAAAAGAUGAAUUAGAAACAGAGAAAUCUCAAGAAUAUCAAGAGCUAGAUGAUCUGCAACAUUCAAAUAAUAUGAUUAGAUCUGAAGUUGAAAAUACAGUCAGACAAUAUGAAAUGCUAAAAAGGUUUGCUGCAACUAAUAAAGUUAUGUUACCUCUAGAACUUCAAUCGUUAUAACUGACUUAAUUUAUAACUUGAGUAUUAAUGUGGGCCAAACAGUAUUCUAAAUUUCUAACUUAAAUAACUUUUAUAUAGAAGAAUUAUAAAAAAUAUAUUAUUUUUGUUUGAAAUUUUAAUUGAAAAUAAUAGUUACUUUACGAGAUAAAUAACAAUUUUCAUUUCAGAUAAAUGUAUUUAUUUAAAUUUUAAACUAGGUAUUUGGGAGCAUAUUAUAUUUGUAUGGUAUUUAUCAGUAUAUUAUUUUAAUAGUUUAAAUAUAGAAUUAAAAAUCUUGUUUUGUUAUUAAUAUUGAACAUUCAAACAGACAUUUAUUUUAUAGGUAAAUAUUAACUAUUAAGUAAACACAAACUAGGGUAUUAUAUAAUGUAUUUUCUAAAUAUAUUUUUUUAGUAUACAUUUCAUGUUAUGUUCCUUCAAUUAUUUUGUAUUCUAUUCAAUGGUAUCGAGUUGUGUAAGAAUAUAUUUAUAUUUUUUAUUUUAAAUUAGAUUUUACAUCUGUGGUUUGAUUAUAAAUUGGUAAUAUAUUUAUUAUAAAUUAUUUGUUUUUUAGGCUAUUCUGAUAUUAUAUUUUUAUGUCUAUCUAUUACUAGAGGAAAAUGUGUUUGGAUUUUAUAAUACACAAUCUGAUUGUGUUUUAUGUACAUCUAGAAUAUGAUGUUCAAUGUUAAUUUUCAUCCAGUAUUUAUAAACAUUCACAUUGGUAUAUUGUGAUUAUCAUAAAAUUAAAUAAUUUAUAAACCAAUAAAAAAAUUCUUUUGCUCGAGCGA